UGGGAUUCUUAAAUUUUCAAGGCCAUUGCUUACAUGUGAUUGGCAUGAGAUUCUGUGCGAUUUUUAAGCACAAAGAUUUGACUUUAACGUCCUAGUGAUCAGGCGCACUCUAUCAUGUCCAAGGGUUUCAUCGAUAAACUUCGUAUUUUUGUCCGAGCUGGUAGUGGGGCUGCAGGUAGUCCAUCAAUUAAAGGUCGUGGAGGAGAUGGUGGAAGUGUAUUUUUAGAAGCUGACGAAAAGCAAACACUUCAAAAUCUGGUAGCGACUAACCCAACAAAACGUUACAAGGCUGAGCAUGGAAUCGAAGCAAGUAAACGUCGUGGUCUAGUUGUUGGUCAAAAUGGUAAAGAUUUAACUAUUCGUGUUCCACCUGGUAUUACUGUCUUAUUCGGUGGUCAAGGCACAUCAUCAAAUGAUGGAUCACAACAACGUUUACUUGGCAAUUUGGAUAAAGUUGGUCAAAAAUUAUUGGUAGCACAAGGUGGUAUUGGUGGAUUUCAUCAAAAUGGUUAUAUUGGUUCACCGGGUCAAGCGCAUUGUAUUGUUUUAGAUUUAAAGUUAAUGGCUGAUUAUAGUUUAAUUGGAUUUCCUAAUGCUGGUAAAUCUAGUCUGCUGAAAGCAUUAUCUGGUGCACCGGCUAAAAUCGCCAAUUAUCCAUUUACUACAAUUAAACCACAAGUUGCUAAAUGUAUUUAUUCAGAUUAUCGUCAAAUUAGUAUAGCAGAUUUACCAGGUCUUGCUGAUAUCUAUGCUGAUUAUGAUGUACAAACCAAUCAGAAUAAUGCUGAUAAUAAUAACAGCCAAUCAAAUUCAACUUCAAUUUUACCAAGUUUAAAACAUACCAAUUUUUUAAAACAUGUUGAACGUAGUUCAUGUAUACUACUGGUGUUAGAUUCACUUGGUUUUUGUAAAAAUCAAUUCAGUCAUCAACGUAAUGCAUUAGCUGUGGCUUAUUUAAUUUUAAAUCAAAUGGAACGUUGGUCUAAUGGUUUAUUACUGGAAAAACCAAUUGCAUGUAUAUUAAAUAAAAUUGAUGCUACCGGUGCAAUGGAUGCAGCAUUAGAAACAAAAUAUUUUCUUGAACGUAUGGAUUCAUCAGAAGCAAAACAAUAUUCACAACUACCUCCAACAUUAUUACCUAGUCUUACACCGAAAUUUGAAUCAAUUGAAUUAGUGUCUGCUUUGCAUCAUACAAAUAUUCCAGAAUUAAAACAAUCCUUACGUAAAUGGCUUGAUCAAAUUGAAUUAAGAAAACGAAAAGAUGAUAAAACUGUACAAACAAAAGAAUUACAAUACUUAAAUGAUAUUCAACCAACUUAUUAUUAAAGGAUGAUAUCUCUCUUCAUUAAGUUCGUUUUUUUGUUUCUUUGAUUGGUCCAAGAAAAAAAAAACUCACAUUUACGCACUACAUUCAUUCAUUCACUUGUCUUUGUGUGUAUGUGUGAUUAGUUGUGCAUGCAUAGAAAUGAAAAUUUUUAUAUUUUC